AUGCCACAUGGCAUCGGCACCCCUGUUAGCACCUCUCAUUGGAGAUGCUCUAAGUGUCGAGACGAAGUUAUAUCCGGGGAUGGUUCAAGUUUUGACAUCAUACAGCUUUGCUGGCCUUGUCACCAUCACAGCAUUCCUUGCCCUACUUGCAGCGAGUCUGUUUCGGAAGCUCAUUCGCUAUUUCCAGAUAUUGCAACCUAAUCGGUGUCAGUACGUUGAGAGACCAUUCUAUUGAGGCCACUCACAAUGUCUCCCCUGAAGCUGAAAGUGACAAGAUUCCAAGGUGAGAAAGAUUGAGAUUUUAGGCCAACAAGUAGAGAAGACGACAAACAACUACUCAAAGAACCCACAAACAUAAAUAUUCAUCACGGGAUGGAUGAUAAAGUUCAAGUAUACUCAAGUAAAUACUAAAUACAAGCUACUUUGAUUAUUCUGCAAUUGAUGAUGCGUACUUUUUUAAUACAUAGCUCGGAUACACAUAAAAUGGCACAAUUUGUGUAGUCAAUGUCGUAAUACAUAUUUAAUAGUGAUACAAGGUUUAUUUUGUAUAAAUAUGAGAAAUAAUUGAAGAUUUAGUGUGUUGCAUAUAUAUUUUUGUUGAUGAUUUAAUAGUAAAAUGUAUCAAUUCUAGCUUCAAAAAUAUGCAAAGAUGCACCUAAUCGAUUAUUUUUUAGUGAUCUUCCACAAGACCUGGUAUUACUGGAGCUGUUUUUUAAUAGUACUAGACUAUUAGUCUAGUAUGGACCAAUGGACGGUUCUAUCUGAAUAAGGCAAGUCCUACAGGUUUCUUUUUCCUUUUUGCUCUAUAGUCCUGCAGAUUUUAGAUACAAGAAAACUAAACCCGAAGAAAUUAUGGGAGAGACAGAAUGCUGACAUUAGACUAUGAUCUAAGAUGCAGAUGAGUGUGAAUCCGCCCCUCUUUCGCUGUUUAAACGCAACAUGAAAACAUAAUUAAUUCUAAAGACUGUAAACGGGUUUCGCCCAUAUCAUAGGACAAUUAACAUCUCCUGUAAGUUGUGCUCCAAGACUUUAGGAGCUUAUUAAAUUCUUCCAGAAUCCAAUAGAUUGGUAUCUUCGCAGUAACCGCUGGAGUCGCUAUAAGAAUCUCAGAUCCUCUUCUUAAAUAAUCUUUUAGUCAAUGAGUACAAUGGACAGGAAAUACUUGUAUAUGCAUGUCUGCAUGCUUCUUGCCAUAUCAGUGACUCACUCAAGCCACCAUUCACAACAUCAACAAUCACUUCAAUUACCCAUGGCUUAUGCUUAUAUAUACAUAAUAAUAUCAGAGGCUCCUGUACUUCAAAGAACUGGCUGUAAUGGGGUUCUCCAAGGCAUAUCUCUACCUUUUGCUCAUCAAUACUAUUUUUCUCCUCUUUGUUUCUGCUAAUAAAGAAACAGGUACAACUUCAGAAUCGAAAAAUCAAAUUGUUUUUAAUGUUGGUGUAAUUCUUGAUUUCAAUUCGUCCGUCGGUGUUGUGGCCAAUUCUUGCAUAACCAUGGCAAUCUCUGAUUUCUACUCCCAAAGUCUGCAUUACACUAGAAGAUUGGCUUUGCACCACAAAAAUUCCAAUGAUGUUCUCACUGCAGCUUCAGCAGCUCUGGAGUUGGUUAACGAAGACCAGGUAGAUGCAAUUAUUGGGCCACAAUCCUCCGAAGAAGCUAAAUUUGUUGCGGAAAUAGGAAACAAAUCUCAGGUCCCAAUUAUCUCAUUUUCUGUUACAAGCUCAUCACUUUGGCCUACGCGGACUCCUUACUUUAUUCAAACGACGCUGCCUUACUUUUCACAACUAAAAGCUAUCACUUCCCUGGUCAAGCAACUCGGAUGGCAGGCCAUUGUAGUGCUUUAUCAAGACGAUACAGACGAAGUGUCUGGUAAUGGUUUUAUCUCUACUCUGACUGACAUAUUGCAGAAGGCAGGUAUUCAGCUUUCAUAUGCGAUUGCAAUCUCAUCUUCUGCCAACACAUCUCAUAUAACGAAAGAGCUAAACCAUUUGAAGACAAUACAAACUCGAGUGUAUCUUGUUCACGUGACUUCUCCUGAUCUUGCCUCUCGGUUGUUUCCUCUAGCAAAUGAGGUGGGAAUGAUGAGCAAUGAAACUGCAUGGAUCAUCACCGAUGCUUUAUCCAAUUCGCUAAGCUCCUUGGAUGCUUCAACUGUUGAGUCAAUGUUAGGCGUUUUAGGCGUAAAGCCUUAUGUACCUGAAUCAGAAAUUAUGAAUAAUUUCAAACUCAGGUGGAAUAAAUAUAUGUUGAUGCAGCUGCAGCCUAAUUAUGACAAAACAAUCAGAAGCUGUUUCAAUAGGUUUUGUUUGCGAGCAUACGACACAAUUUGGGCAUUAGCCACAGCAGUAGAGAAGAUUCAGUUCCCUGAGGUGAAGAGGAGCUACGAAAAAUCAAAUGCAUCAUGUGCAGCAAUUACAAAUUUGAGAAUCUCAGAGGCAGGCCCAAGGCUUGUCAAAGAGAUCUUGGAAACCACAUUCCUCGGCUUAAGUGGAAAGUUCAAGUUGAAGCAUAGACAACUAGAAACUACAGCUUUUGAAAUAAUCAACAUAGUUGGAAACGGUGAUAGAACUGUUGGCUACUGGACACCAGGAAGAGGCUUUAGUCGAAAAAUAGCCAGUGCAGCUGAGGAUGAUCAUGGAGUAGUUUAUUCAGGAAGGGUCGACAGUGUUCUUAAACCAAUCAUUUGGCCUGGAGAAUCUACAAAGAAACCCAAAGGAUGGGAUGUACCAGGAAUGGGCCAGAAGCUGAGGGUAGGGGUUCCAAAGAAAACAGAUUUCACAGAAUUUGUAGAUGUGGAAGAGAUUGACCACACCAAGAAAUUAUACAAUGUCAGGGGAUUUAGCAUAGAUGUUUUCCAAGCUGCUCUGCUUUUAUUACCCUUCAAGCUUGAGCCUGAAUUUAUUCCUUUUGUGAAUGACAGUGGUGGCAGCAAUGGAACGAUCACUGAUCUAGUCAACAAACUACAUGGUACCGAGACUCCGGAUUAUGAGGCAGUGGUUGGAGAUAUUACCAUAAGGGCUGAUCGCGAAGCAAAUGUUGACUUUUCACUUCCAUACACGGAGUCUGGUGUCGUGAUGGUGGUAAAAGCUGAAGCCGACAAGCUGAAAGACAUGUGGAUAUUCCUGAAGCCAUUAAGUUGGGAUCUCUGGCUGACGAUUGUUCUGGCUGCUAUAUUCACCGGCCUCGUGCUCAGAGUGUUGGAGCGACGCUUAAAUCUUCAACGCCCAUUUGGCAUGCUCGUCUUAUUUCCAAUAGCAGCUCUAGCCUUUCCUGAAAGGAACAUGGUGGGAAACAAAUGGGCAAGAUUUGUGCUGGUGGUAUGGUUGUUCAUGGCAUACAUACUACUGCAGAGUUACACAGCAAAUCUGUCCUCAAUAUUAACUGUGAGCCAGUUGAGACCUUCUGCAGAUAAACCUGCUUGUGCGGGUUAUCAAGAAGAUUCAUUUGUAAAAGAAAUGCUCAAAAAAAUGAACAUUAAAUGCAUCGGUUAUACAAGCAUGGAGAAAUACGAUGAAGCCCUUUCUCUAGGAUGCAAAAAUGGAGGGGUUGACGCCAUUUUUGAUGAGAUUCCCUACAUCAAACUAUUUCUUCGUAAAUACGGUUCUAAGUAUAAGAUGGCCGGAGCUACUUACAGUACUGGUGGAUUCGGCUUUGCAUUUCGGACUGGGUCUCCUCUGUUGAAACCCAUUUCCGAGGCAAUAUUAGAAGUAAUGGAAAGAGGAAAGAUUCAAGAGAUUGAGAAGAGAUAUUUUGGGAAGGGAUAUGUUACUCAAUAUCAAGACGAAGAUAAAGAUGAUUCGAAAUUAACUUCAUAUAGCUUUGCUGGCCUUUUCGCCAUCACAGCAGUCCUUUCGCUACUUGCACUAGUUUGUUCCGAAUGCUCAUUCGCUAUUUCAAGAUAUCGCAACCGAAGUGUUGACAGUAUUUCCAGAGUCCAUUCUAUUGAGGUGACUGGUGAUCUCUUCCGUGAAAGUCACCAACAAGAAUCCAAGGAAGAGGUUGAGAUUUUAGGCCAAGAAGCAGAUAGCAACAGACAACAAGUACUACAAGAAUCCAAAAACAUGAAUAUUCAUCAUGGUGAGGGUGAUAAAGUUCCAGAGUACACAGGCAAAUACUAGCUAGGAUACACAUGAGAUGGCACAUCAGUGUUCAUGUAACUUCAAAAUUAGAUUCCUAUAUAAUCUGUACCAUCAAUGUAACAGAUACCGAAUAAUAUUCCAGCAUUAAUAAAUGAUAUUUGGGGUCAUAUUUUCCAACUUUGUUG